UGGAGCGCUCUUCAAGAUAUAACUGUAGGCCUUAAGUUGAAUCUUUUAGGAUUUGUACUUUACUUGACGUUUAAAUGGAGGAUCUGGGUGAUGUGGUCGAACAAGGCGCUGGUAAGCUGAGUAAUUCGAAAACCCCAGGCCCCAGAAGCCGAUACGCUAACGAUGACCCCGUUGGGAACACCCAGCAGUCACGCCAGGACUCGUCGAGCAUGCUGAACCUGAUGGACACCAGUUCCUUCAGCAUGCCGCCUCCCAAUCUCCACUCCUCAAAGGUGAUCAAUCCGAACAAGGCGAUAUUUACUAUAGAUGCAAACACCGGGCAGAUUUUCAUAGUGAACAACAAGGCCUGCCAGCUUCUGGGCUACACAUCGCAGGAGCUGAGGAAUAAGGGAUUUUUCGACCUGCUGAAUGGCAAGACGGAGAGCCACAUCUCCUCCCUGGCGGAGAUGCAGAUCGAGGGCGACGAGGGCAGAGUGGUUCUGUUGAGCGGCAAGGUCAUCGAAAUGAAGACGAAGUCGGGAAACAAGAUCCUGGUUUCGCUCUGGAUCCGUCAGAUCAGCAACGACGGGAGGCACAUAGCCGUCGCCGAGCCCGUGGAGCGGCACAUCUGUCACAUCAGCACCGAUCGUCUCGGGGUAAUAACCUCUGCAGACUCCACCACGGCCACCAUAUUUUUUUACGAAUCCACCGAGGGCGUCGUGGGCGUCAACGUAACCGCACUGAUUCCCUUCAUAAAGCUCCCCGAUCCGGACAGCAGGGAAAUACCGAAGAGCCUGCGAAAACAGCGGGCCACAGGACGAACCACGGACAACGUCAAGUUCCCGCUGUGCCUGCUCAUCGCUCUGGACGAAAGCGUGGUGGCAGGAUACUCCAAUCCUGGCCACAGCGUGUUCAAUAUUACCGUCUGGGUAUUUCAAAACCUCAGUGGACUUAUUGUGGUGGACGAUGUAGGGAACAUCCUGAUGUGCAACCAGCCCUUCUCGUUGCUGAUGUUCGGCUACGGCCAGGAUAGGAUCACGAACAUGCAUAUAUCCGCCAUACUGCCCAACUUUGGCAAGGACUCCCGCGAGGACAAGAGCCCCAAUGUGUCGAACACCUCGAUAACCAGCAACGACUGGGAGCCGGACACGGAUCCCCUCGUCCUGGACAACGACUCCUCACUGCAGUCCUGCAAACGAAACUCGGCUGGUAAGCAGCAAAACAACGAGCAAGCGGCCAACGAGGCCCACUUGGGCUGCCACCCGGAGAACAGCGGAGGACUGUUCUGCGAUCUGCGUCAGCCGGAUGAUUGCACAAUAGAUGAUAUCCUGACACCAGUGAAUGCCUCGAGUAGCUUCCCCGCCGACGAGUUCGAAGGGGGGUCCCACUCGCACACUAACGAUAUUGAUUCGCUCGACAAGGCGAAGUCCGCAUCCACGGAGACUUGCGAUGGGUCCGGCAGCAAUCCCGCCACCAGACUGCUCAGCUCCAUCAACGGAAGCUUCGUGGGAGAGGCCAUCCAUGCGGACGGCACGGUGAUCGAGGUGGUCUACUCCGUGCUGCUGCAGACCCUGCCCUGCUCCAACCGGGUCUACUGCAUCUGGGUGGGCCGCAAUCCCAGCACUCGGCUGGACGGGGAGAAAUACAGCUACGCGAACCUCACGUCCACGUUCAACAGCAUGGCCAGCACCAUCGAGCAGUCGCUGGGCCAGGUAAUAAAAACCACGGCCGCCCAGAACUCCAGCCGCCCCAACUCCCUCUCGCUGGUCUGCAAGUACGAUGACGAGCUCUACAUGGGCGAGUACAGCAAGCACUACACCUCGAUCAGGCAGAUCGGCCGAGGGGCCUACGGGUACGUGAACAUGGCCUUCCGCAACUCCGACCGCCUGCUGGUCAUCACCAAGUUCAUCCUCAAGGAAAAGCUCUGCUCGCAGUUCAUGGUCAAGAGCCGCGACUGCAAGGAAGUUCCUAUCGAGAUCCACCUGCUGCAGACCCUGAGCCACAAGAAUAUCGUGUCCGUGCUGGACGUAUUCGAGAACGACCUCUUCUACCAGCUAGUGAUGGAGAAGCACGGCUCCGGCAUGGACCUGUGGACCUUCAUCGAACGGAGGCCCUUGAUGGACGAGAAGCUGGGCAGCUACAUAUUCCGGCAGGUCGCCGAUGCCGUCAACUAUCUGCACGAGCAGAAGAUCCUGCACCGCGACAUCAAGGACGAGAACAUCAUCAUCGAUCACAACUUCACCAUCAAGCUGAUCGACUUCGGAUCCGCCACCUUCAUGGAGGAGGGCAAGUUCUUCUCCACGUUCUACGGCACGACGGAGUACUGCAGUCCUGAGGUCCUGGCGGGAAACAGGUAUGUGGGGCCCGAGCUGGAAAUCUGGGCACUGGGGGUCACCCUGUAUGUCCUGAUGUUCUUCGAGAACCCGUUCAUCGACGUGGAGGAGACCCUGAAGGCCGAGAUCCAGAUACCAAAGGUAGUGUCCGACCAGCUGAGCCGCCUCCUGAGUUCCAUGCUGAACAAGGACCCCAAGUACCGCUGCACCAUGCACCAGCUGAUCAGUGACCCCUGGCUGACCCAGGAGGUGAAUCCCUCGGCGUUUAGCUUUUCCUGGAUAGUGCCCUGCAAGGCGCAUGAGGCCAACCCGGACCUGUACUUCUCCGGCUACCUUUACUCCAGCACCUCCGUGCUGUCCACCAUUUCGCCGCAGGAGAGCUUCUCUCACAUCGAAGAGUCCUCGAUCUGCGGCAGUGAUGAGGCCAAACUGGCCGGCCACAAAACCGGGUUCAAGUUGUGUGUCAAUGAAGCCAAACACAACAAGAUGGACACGCUCUAUGCGAAACAGUUCCAGCUGAACACCUCGGUGAGCAACCACGAGCUGAGGGCCUCGUUACCUGACUCCAGCCACCCCGAAAUCGGGGGCUCCAUAUGCUCCUCGAAGUCCGAGAACGACAUAUUCAAGAACAAACUCGAACCCUGCGUCUCUGCCUAUAACGUAGUUAGCUUGCACGACGUGAACAGGAAACCUAAAACGCUUGAUAUAAACUAGAGUUCUAUAUCUGUUGGCCAUGUGUAAAUUUAAUCUAGACAUACUGUCAUGUGUAAAUAGCAUCUGUGAAAGGACAAUGGGGUGGGCGGAAAAACCAAAGAGUAGAGGAAAAUAAAUCAAUUUUAUUGUUA